AUGGCUGAGUCACAUUUAGAUUCGUUAACUGAAGAACUUAUUAAAUGUGAGAUUUUCACAAACUCAAAAAAACUUGAACCUGGUGUGUGGAGGGGUGAUAUUGAUACAAAAAGAAUUUUUAUUUUUGACGAAACACCCCAGUUCAUAACUUAUGGGGUUGAUGGAACAAAUUCCGGGCUCGCGUAUGUUGCACGUGGGGAACCUUGCAGAAAAAUAAUUAGGGAGAAUCGUGAAUCAGUAACAAUAUGCCCAGUUGUUUCAUUAGCAGGCGAAAUUGUUGUUUCACAAGUUAUUUUUGCUGAUAAAGGUAUCACAAGUCAUAUGGCCCCAAAAACAGCUGUCAAAAAUAUAAAAAAUUUAAUUAUAUCAUCUACUGAAAAAGGAAGCCAGGAUAACCAUUCUUUAUUGGACCUACACAAAAAGUUUGAUAUAUAUUUGUCAGAAGAAAAUAUACAACGACCUGUUGUAAUGCUAGCAGAUGGACAAUGUUCUACAUUUCCUCCAUGAAAAAAAAAUUAACUUGUUUAUAAGUCCUCCUUAUACAACUGGGGUUACUCAACUGUUGGAUCAAAGUCCUAAUCAAAACAUGCAUC